AUGUCACUUUGGGUAGACAAAUAUAGACCUCGAUCGAUUGAGGCACUUACUUACCAUUCAGCUCUUAGCGAUGAACUUAAGGCGCUGGCCGCCUCAGGGGACUUUCCUCAUAUCCUAGUUUAUGGCCCAUCAGGAGCAGGAAAGAAAACUCGAGUGAUGGCUGUCCUGAAAGAGCUUUAUGGAAAUGGUGCAGAAAAAAUUAAGAUUGCGUCUAGAGUAUUUCAAAUUGGAACAUCUUCCCGUAAAGUUGAAUUUAAUGUGGUAUCAUCAAAUUACCAUAUCGAGUUUACGCCAAGUGACAUGGGAAAUAAUGAUCGAGUUGUGAUCCAAGAUCUGCUUAAAGAAAUUGCUCAAACUCAAUCAGUAGACACACGAUCAAAAAAUAGAUUUAAAACAGUUGUUAUUAAUGAAGCUGAUUCAUUGUCGCGAGAUGCACAAGCAGCUCUUCGUCGCACAAUGGAAAAAUAUUCUGCCAAUAUUCGAUUGGUUUUACUUGCCAACUCUACCUCUAAUAUUAUAUCGCCCAUCAAAUCCCGUACUUUGCUCAUUCGUGUGCCUGCACCAUCUGCAGAAGAGAUUGGGGAAGUAAUUUUACAAAUUGCAAAGAAAGAAAAGGUGUUACUGCCUAGCACCGAAGAAGAACAAAAGGAAUUGUUUGACAAACUGACAAGAUUGUCACAUCGCAAUCUACGCAAAUGUAUUCUCAUGUUUGAGGCUAUGUAUUCAGCGUCCAAUGGCAAUGCUUUAACAGUUGCAACACCUACACCAUCACCAGAUUGGGAGCAAGUUAUAGGAAAGAUUGCAGAUGAAAUUUUGCGUACGCGCACAGUUGCCAAUCUGCUAUCGAUUCGUGGAACAUUGUACGAUUUAAUCGCACAUUGCAUUCCCCCAGAAACUAUUUUAAGGACGCUGACUUAUGAACUACUACACAAAGCUAACUAUAAUGUUGGGCCUAGCAUUGUGGAAGCAGCAGCUUUUUACUUCCAUCGAUUACGACAAGGCUCCAAGGCUAUUUUUCAUCUUGAAGCUUGUAUUGCAAAAUACAUGCAAAUCAUUGAAACAUUUCACACAAAAUAA